AAGAAAAGAGGAAGUGUUUAAAGUUAGGUUAUGAAAUACAUUUAUAUUUAUAUUUAAUUUAAUUUUAUUUAUUUCUCCUGUAUAAUGACAAAUCUAUUGAAGAACAGCACAUUUUUAUUAGGACAAUUAACAAGCAAAGCGUUAAGAAUAAGAAAUUCCUCUACUUAUAAGGCUGCAGUUAUACGGGGGACAUCCAAUUCGUUUUCGGUUGAAGAAGUUGCACGAACAAAACUCGGUGAUAAUCAAGUGAGAAUACAAGUGCAUUACUGCAGUCUUAAUUCAAAUGAUCUUCCCACAUUUCACGAAAAUAGUAAAGGUUCCCCGUUCACGCCCGGCUACGAAAUAGGUGGCGAAGUCAUCGAGCUCGGAAAAAAUGUCACGAAAAAUCAAAUAAUCUUAGGAGAGAAAGUGGCUGCAUUGAACUUGGAGAGAAUGGGAGGUUUUGCGGAGGAAUGUGUUACUAAUGUCGAGGAUAUGUUUCGAUUACCCAGCAAUCUUCCGUUAAAAGAUGCGGCGAUACUUAUUAGCGGUCAUUCUCUGGCUCUAUUGGCGUUCUCGAAGAUGACAAAGAUAAAAAAGGACGAUUAUGUUGUUAUUUCAGCAGGGAGUGGAGGUCUUGGACUAGCAGCCGUCGACAUUGCUGCCAAUGUGUAUGGUGCAAAGGUAAUUGGGGUGGUUGAUUCAAGUGAUAAAGCGGACCUGCUGAGAGAUCGAGGGGCAUUUAAAACUGUACAGCCGGACUCAAAGUUACAGCAGCAAGUGCUAAAAGCAGCAGAGAAGAAGAACAUUAAGGUUGUAUACGAUGCCGUCGGUAGUUCCCUAACUGAACCACUAGCCAACUGUGUGUCAUCAGGGGGCCAAAUUUUCUUGGCCGGUUCUCAUUUGUACGAAUCAAUUCCAACACCACCUUUCAACACCAAUCUCGCCGUUCUUGAUUUAAUAGCGAUUAAAAAUCAUGAUCUGGAAGCGUACAGGUGCUUAGUUAAUGAUGUUCUCGAUCUUGCAGAUCAGGGUUUAAUUAGUGCACAUGUAAGUGCCAGUUUUGAGUUGGGUGAUAUUAACAAAGCGAUUGAAUUUAUUCAAGAGAAAAAGUGUACUGGAAAAGUGCUUAUUAGAAUGUUAUAACAGUCCUUAAGUUCUUAUUUUAUUUAUUUUUGUAUGUGUACAGUUUGUAAUUCAAAAAUUAAGGAAUAAAUGUCAGUAAUUUAA